AUGCGCUCCGAAUCCCCCGAAGAACCGCGCAAACGCACACGCGUGAUAGCCCCAACCCGCCAAUGCCACGACUGGAUGGUCGUCUCGGGCAACUGCCACUACGCGCGCGAUGAAACCUCCUUCACAACCUACCGCCCCGUCUCGCGAAGCAUCCGGAACAACAUCUUCAACCCACACGACGAACUGCACGUAGCCGGGGUCGGGACGGUAGCGCUACACGUGUGCCCGAGCCCGACGCAGUUCGGGUCACACACGAUCAUCCUCGAGAACGUGCUGCAUAUACCCGACGCGGUGUGUAAUGGGUUCAACCCGUUGCUGGUGGGGAGUAGCAUGUCGUGUGAGGCGGAGAUGUGGUCUGGGGCUGAUGCGGGGGGGAAUGCGAUGUGGUAUAGUCGGCCUUUUGCGGGGGGGACGAGGUUGGUUCUUGCGGGGAAUCCGCAGGGGGAGUCGGAGUUGAUUGAGGGGAAGGAGUAUUCGUUGAGUUUGUAUAUUAGUCCCGAGGAGAAGGAGGAGUUGUUUAGUGGUGCGAAUGGGGUGGAUGGGGUGGAUGGGAUGGAUAUGUGA